AUGUCUUCCGGUUACGAGGAACUUAGUUCAUAUUUAAAGCAAAGCGGAACCAAAUCUCUCAACUACUUUUUGCAUCAUUAUCGAGACGCAAUUGUCACCACUACUCAGGCCGAUUCCCGUUGGCGUGAUCUCGAUGACAGCUGGGCUAGUAAUUUUAUAAACGUGGCGAGAAGACUUGGUAAAGAUUUAAGUGGGCAG